AUGCUCGCACGCACCGUGCGCUCGCUCAAGCGGCCCUGCCCGCUCUGCUCGGGCACCGCCUGGUCGCCGUCCUCCUCAUCCUCAUCUCGCCUCGCGUCGACCAAAGCCGCCUCGGCCCGCCAGUCGUCCAUCCCCGCCCCAGUCGUCGACCUCGCCCAUGUCGUCAACGCACCCGACGCCGUCAAGCGCAACCUGCGCGACCGCAACUUUCCCUUCCCCGCCGACCAGGUCGACCACCUGCGCGCCAUGCACCUCGACGCCGCCCGCCUCGGAAAGGACCUCCAGCGCGCGAGAGAGCGCCGCAACGCCGUCUCGAGCGCACCCACGGGCGGCGACCCGGACGCGCGCCGCCGCGAGGCCGGCGAGGUCAAGAAGCUCGUCAAGGACCUCGAGCCGCGCCUGUCGGCCCUCACCAAGGCCGUCCAGCACCUCGCGCUCCAGCUGCCCAACACGUCGCACCCGGACGUGCCCGUCGGCGACGAGACCCGCGCCCGCCUCGUCAAGACGCUCGGCCCGCCCUUGCCGUCGUCGCCAGCCGCGACCGAGCCCGAGCGGGACCACCUCGCCCUGUCGUCGCCGGCCAACCUCGCGUGGACCGACUUUGCGUCGUCGUCGCUCACGACGGGCUCGUCGUGGCCGCUCCUCCUCAACGAGGCCGCCCUCGUCGAACUCGCCCUCACCAACUACGCCAUGUCGGUCGCGCUCAAGCACGGCUUUACGCCCGCCCUGACGCCCGACGUCGUGCGCUCGGACGUCGCCGAGCGCUGCGGCUUCCGACCUCGCGACGGCGACGCCCAGCAGACCUACUUCCUCUCGGACGGCGACACCGGCGCCGCAUCGCCCUCGUCGUCCUCGUCCUCGUCGUCGACCCUGUGCCUCGCCGGCACGGCCGAGGUCCCGCUCGUCGCCAUGUCGGCCGCGCAGACGUUCCGCGCCGCCGACCUCCCGCUCAAGCACGUCGCGCUCGGGCGCGCGUUCCGCGCCGAGGCCGGCGCGCGCGGCGCCGACAGCCGCGGCCUGUACCGCGUGCACCAGUUUUCCAAGGUCGAGAUGGUCGUCGUGUGCGCCGAGGACGACAGCGAUGCGCUCCUCGAGGAGCUGCGCGCGAUUCAGGAGGAGAUCCUGAGCGGGUUGGGCCUGUCGUUGCGGGUCCUCGACAUGCCGACACAGGAGCUCGGCGCUUCGGCGCACCGCAAGUACGACAUCGAGGCGUGGAUGCCCGGGCGCGGCAAGUGGGGCGAGCUCUCGUCGGCAUCCAACUGCACCGACUACCAGUCGCGCCGCCUCGGGAUCCGGUACCGGCCGUCAGCGUCCCCCUCUCCCUCGUCCUCCUCUCCUCCCUCGUCCCCCUCCUCCUCGCCCCACCACCCACCCUCACCGUCCAAGCUCGCCUACGCCCACACGCUCAACGGCACAGCAGCCGCCAUCCCGCGCCUCAUCGUCGCCCUCCUCGAGAACGGCGCCGUGCUCGACGACGCACGCAAGCCGGUCCGCGUACGGCUGCCCGCUGUGCUGAGGCCGUUCUGGCUCGGGCGAGAGGGCGGGAGCGACGCGAGGAUCGAGUGGGUGGACGAGGGCGAGGCACUCAGGGCGGCGGCGUAG